AUUGUAAUUCUCAAAAAAACAAACACAAACACACAUAUAUAUACACACACACACACACAGACAAACACGCACAUCAUAUAUGAAAAAGUAAUAUGUGCAAAAAUUUGACUUUUAAUUUCGUAGGUUCCCAUGAACUUACCAAACUUCUAGCCGACGACUGUACUGGUCAUAAUACAUCCAACAAACAUAACUUGUGGUGUGUCUCAAAAAAAUUUCCGUCUUCUAAGAGCCAUUGAGUGAUUUCUGAAUCAGGCACUUGUUCAGUUUCUGAUUUCAUUAUCUAUCUCAAACACGCAAGGAUACGAUAUGAGCAACCCAACUCCAUUAUAUGUACUGUGUUCUCUCUUUGUUUUCUACGGGCAGGCCUUCAUAGCCACACAAGUGGUUGCCAAGAGCAAUGUUCACAUCGUUUAUCUUGGAGAGAGACAGCAUCAUGAUCCUAAUCUCAUCACAGAUUCCCAUCAUGACAUGCUUGCCACUAUAGUUGGAAGCAAGGAAGCGGCUUCAAAAUUGAUGGUUUAUAGUUACAAACAUGGCUUCUCUGGGUUUGCAGCUAGGCUUACAGAGUCUCAGGCACAAAGACUUUCCGAGUUUCCGGGUGUUGUUCGUGUCAUACCAAAUUCCCUUUACAAGCUGCAGACAACCAGGAGCUGGGAUUACCUGGGUCUCUCCUCUCAGACCCCUAACAAUAUUCUUCAAAAAAGUAAUAUGGGUGAUGGAGUCAUCAUAGGUGUCCUUGAUACAGGGUUUUGGCCCGAGUCAAAAGCUUUCAGUGAUGAAGGGCUGGGGCCUAUACCGUCCCAGUGGAAGGGUGUUUGUGAAUCCGGAGAACAAUUCAAUCCAAAGACACACUGCAACAGAAAAGUCAUUGGAGCUCGCUGGUACAUUAAUGGAUUUCUUGCUGAGUAUGGACAGCCAUUAAACAGAACAGAUGACAAGGAAUACUUCUCACCAAGAGAUGCAAAUGGGCAUGGCACGCACACAUCCAGCACUGCAGGUGGUUCUUUUGUGGGCAAUGUCAGUUACAAGGGCCUCGCUCUAGGGACAGUAAGAGGCGGUGCACCUAAUGCCCGGUUGGCUGUGUACAAGGUGUGCUGGAAUGUGCUUGGAGGACAAUGUUCAUCUGCUGAUAUCCUGAAAGCCUUUGAUGAAGCCAUACAUGAUGGGGUAGAUGUGUUGUCGCUUUCAAUUGGAUCUUCUAUUCCUCUAUUCUCAGACGUUGAUGAUCGUGAUGGGAUUGCCACAGGCUCUUUCCAUGCCGUGGCCAAGGGUAUCACUGUUGUUUGUGCAGGUGCAAAUGACGGACCUUUGGCACAGACAGUGCAGAACACUGCACCAUGGAUUUUAACCGUUGCAGCUAGCACCAUGGAUCGAGCAUUUCCCACACCCAUCACACUUGGAAACAACAAAACUAUACUGGGUCACGCGAUUUAUACUGGAAAGGAAAUUGGUUUCACAGGUUUGCUAUACCCCGAGUCCAAAGGGCUUGCAACUACAUCUGCAGGUGCCUGUGAAGCUUUGUCACUCAAUCAAUCUUCAGUAACUGGAAAGGUGGUGCUGUGUUUCACUUCUGUGUCUCGGAGAAUUGCAGUUUCAAAUGCUUCAUCAGCAGUGAGAGCAGCUGGUGGCAUUGGGGUUAUCAUCGCCAAGAACCCCAGUGAUGCCUUGUAUCCGUGCACCAGCAAUGACUUCCCAUGUAUUGAAGUUGACUACACGGCUGGGACGCAGAUUCUAUAUUACAUUCGUUCUACAAGUUCUCCGGCAGUAAAGUUGAGCCCUUCCAGAACUCUUGUGGGCAAGUCCGUGUCAGCUAAUGUGGCUUACUUUUCAUCAAGAGGGCCUAACUCUAUAGCGCCUGCAAUUCUCAAGCCAGAUAUAGCUGCACCUGGUGUAAAUAUAUUAGCUGCUUCUUCUCCCCUUGACCCAUUUGAGGACCACGGAUUUGCCCUGCAUUCCGGAACAUCAAUGUCAGCUCCUCAUGUCGCAGGCAUUGUAGCCCUUCUCAAAGCACUUCACCAUGAUUGGUCCCCUGCAGCAAUAAAAUCAGCACUUGUCACUACAGCAUGGAGGACUAGUCAGUAUGGUUAUCCAAUCUUUGCUGAGGGCUCCCCUCGAAAGCUUGCUGAUCCAUUUGAUUUUGGAGGCGGCAUUGUGAACCCGAAUGGUGCAGCAGACCCCGGUUUGGUAUAUGACAUGGACAGAGCCUGUUACAUACAAUACCUAUGUGCUAUGGGAUACAACAGUUCUUCCAUAUCUCAGCUUAUAGGACAACCCGCAUUGUGUUCCAGCAACCGACCCUCCAUUCUCGAUGUAAACGUACCAUCCAUAACCAUACCAAGUCUCAGAAACUCCACCACCUUGACCAGAACUGUCACGAAUGUAGGACCGGUUGAUUCUGUAUAUAGAGCUGUGAUUGAGGCUCCUGUGGGAACCAUCCUAUCAGUAAGACCUAGUGUCUUGGCCUUCAAUUCUAGGACCAAGAAGAUGUCCUUCAAAGUUACAGUCUCAUCAAUCCAUCAGAUGAACACAGGUUACUACUUUGGGAGCCUAACUUGGACCAAUGAAAUGCAUGCUGUGAGAAGUCCGGUUUCUGUGAGAGCAGAGAUCAUACAAUCUUAUGUUAAUGAAAAUUGAAGAGUAAAGGUUAUACAAUCUCAUUUUAUUUUGAAAAAUUGAAAAUCAUUGGAUUGUCAUUUAUAUGUGUCUAUGAUUAAUGUUAAUUUUCGGAAUUCUUACAAUAUUGAACUGGUUGUAAGAACCUUUUUCAGAUGAAGCAAUUGUUACAAUGUUACAA